CCAUCUCUCUGACGCCCCCUAGUGGUUACUGGUGAAAUAACCGGUUCGAGGCUUUGCGUCACGCACGAAGGUGACGGUUGAAGGAGUCGCGAGCCGCUGACAGCCCACACCGUUAGCUCGCGCCGUUACAGCCCCGAGUCACGCGCUCCGGUAUGGCGGCGUCUCGUUAAAGACACACAGAGACAUCACGCCGUUGUGACAUCACGCCGUUGUGACAUCACGCCGUUGUGACAUCACGCCGUUGUGACAUCACGCCGCCCUUCAGCGCAACUUCGAGCUGUGAUUUACACCGGAAUCCGGGAUUUAUUCUUUAUUCCACUGGAGCGUUUACGCGCUGCUGCAGCGGGGAGCGCGAGACCCUGUCCUGUGUGUGUGUGAGUGUGUGUGUGUGUGUGUGUGUGAGUGAGUGUGUGCGUGAGUGUGUGUGUGUUGAGAUUAAACACAAUGGCGGAUCGUGAUGCUCUGCCGCUUCCUCUGGAGGUGAGGGCGAGAUUAGCGGAGCUGGAGCUGGAGCUGUCGGAAGGUGAUAUCACACAGAAAGGUUAUGAGAAGAAGAGGGCGAAACUGAUCAGUGCUUAUCUUCCUCAGCCUCCAGGGCUUGACGUAUCAAUGGCACACGAGCGCAGACCCCCCAUGGUUCCCUCUUCUGCUUCCCGUUACCACCGCAGACGCUCCUCAGGCACCCGGGAUGAGCGUUACAGGUCAGAUGUUCACACUGAAGCUGUUCAGGCUGCUCUCGCUAAACACAAAGAGAGGAAGGUGGCCGUGCCGAUGCCGUCUAAGCGCCGCUCAUUGGUGGUACAGACUUCCAUGGAUGCCUACACACCUCCAGGCCUUUCCCUGCUCUCUUCUCUGCCCCCACUGACAGACACGUCGUCUGGCUCAGAGGAGGAGGGGCUUCACGGUGAGGGCACACCCACCUCCAGCCAGGGUAGCGCCAGCAUGGAGCACUGGAUCAGCCGUGCCAUCCACCAUGGCUCCACCACCUCUUCCUCAUCCUCAUCCACACAGAGUGGAGGGAGCGGUGCCGCCAGCUGUCUUGCAGAUGUCCUCGCUCAGACACACAUGGGUAAACCAGGGCCAAUUGCUCACCUCUCUCUGAAGAGGAAAACAAUGCUCGGUGUAGCUGAGAACGGAAACUCGCUGCGUCGCUCCUGUGAAUUCGGCUCUGAUCUCCUUUGGCCGCCACUUCUUGAGUCGGAUGAGAACCACUCAGCACCUCCAGAUGUCACCACCUACACCUCAGAGCUCCCAGCACAGGUGGAGAGACCUCAGGUGUCCACUGUCCCCCGCAGCACCCAGAAAUAUGGCAAUGCUGAGCUUAUGGAGACUGGAGACGGGGUCCCGGUCAGCAGUCGAGUCUCUGCCAAGAUCCAGCAGCUGGUAAACACUCUGAAGCAGCCGAGACGGCCUCCAUUACGUGAAUUCUUUGUUGAUGAUUUUGAGGAGCUUCUUGAGGUCCAGCAGCCCGACCCAAACCAGCCACGACCUGAGGGAGCACAGAUGAUGACCAUGAGAGGAGAGCAGCUUGGAGUGGUGACCAACUGGCCUCCUUCACUAGAGGCGGCAUUGCAGCGAUGGGGAACCAUCUCACCUAAAGCCCCCUGUCUCACCACUAUGGACACUAACGGCAAGCCGCUCUAUGUCCUCACGUAUGGAAAAUUGUGGUCACGCAGCAUCAAAGUUGCUUACAACAUUCUGCAUAAACUGGGGACCAAACAGGAGCCCAUGGUGCGGCCGGGAGAUCGGGUGGCGCUGGUGUUCCCGAAUAAUGACCCUGCUGCGUUCAUGGUGGCGUUUUAUGGCUGUUUGCUGGCUGAGGUCGUCCCGGUGCCGAUAGAGGUGCCUCUGACCCGUAAGGAUGCAGGCAGUCAGCAAAUUGGCUUUCUCCUGGGCAGCUGUGGUGUUACUGUAGCUCUGACCAGUGACGCCUGUCAUAAGGGACUCCCUAAAGGCCCCACGGGGGAAAUCCCACAGUUCAAAGGUUGGCCGAAGCUGCUGUGGUUUGUCACCGAAUCUAAACAUCUCUCUAAGCCUCCACGUGAUUGGUUCCCUCAUAUUAAAGAUGCAAAUAAUGACACAGCCUACAUCGAGUAUAAGACCUGUAAGGAUGGCAGUGUAUUGGGGGUUACAGUGAUGAGGAUCGCUCUGCUCACACACUGCCAGGCUCUCACACAGUCCUGCGGUUACACAGAGGCGGAGACCAUUGUGAAUGUGUUAGACUUCAAGAAGGAUGUGGGGCUGUGGCACGGAAUCCUGACGAGUGUCAUGAACAUGAUGCAUGUGAUCAGUAUCCCGUACUCACUGAUGAAGGUCAAUCCAUUGUCCUGGAUCCAGAAAGUGUGUCAGUAUAAAGCUAAAGUGGCAUGUGUGAAGAGCAGGGACAUGCACUGGGCUCUAGUGGCUCACAGAGAUCAGAGAGACAUCAACCUGAGUUCACUGCGAAUGCUGGUGGUGGCUGAUGGAUCAAACCCCUGGUCCAUCUCAUCAUGUGAUGCAUUUCUAAACGUAUUCCAGAGUAAGGGUCUGAAGCCGGAGGUCAUCUGUCCAUGUGCUAGCUCACCUGAGGCUCUUACUGUUGCAAUAAGAAGACCCACAGAUGACAGCAGUCAGCCACCUGGUCGAGGUGUUUUGUCAAUGCAGGGUCUUAGCCAUGGAGUCAUAAGGGUAGACACAGAAGAACGUCUUGCAGUUCUCACAGUACAAGACGUGGGCACGGUCAUGCCUGGAGCAUUGAUGUGUGUAGUGAAACCAGAAGGAGUUCCACAAUUGUGCCGAACAGAUGAGAUCGGAGAGCUGUGUGUUUGUUCUAUUGCCACGGGAACUUCAUAUUACGGGCUGUCAGGGAUGACCAAGAACACCUUUGAGGUUUUCCCUAUGAGCAGCUCAGGAGCUCUGAUCAGCGAGUACCCGUUCACACGGACUGGCCUGCUGGGCUUUGUGGGUCCUGGAGGUCUGGUGUUCAUCACCGGCAAGAUGGACGGCCUGAUGGUGGUUAGUGGGCGGAGACACAAUGCUGAUGACAUUGUGGCUACUGCACUCGCUGUAGAACCCAUGAAGUUUGUGUACAGAGGCAGGAUAGCUGUGUUCUCUGUGACAGUUCUACAUGAUGAGCGUAUCGUGGUGGUAGCAGAACAGAGACCCGACUCUACAGAGGAGGACAGUUUCCAGUGGAUGAGUCGAGUUCUGCAGGCCAUAGACAGUAUCCACAAUGUAGGUGUGUUCUGUUUGGCGUUGGUUCCUGCAAACACGCUGCCUAAGACACCAUUAGGAGGAAUUCACCUGUCUGAGACCAAGCAGCUGUUUCUGGAAGGUUCUCUGCAUCCCUGCAAUGUUCUCAUGUGUCCUCACACAUGUGUAACCAACCUGCCCAAACCUCGACAGAAACAACCAGAGAUUGGACCUGCAUCUGUGAUGGUGGGAAAUCUGGUGUCAGGGAAGAGAAUCGCGCAGGCGAGUGGGAGAGAUCUGGGACAGAUCGAAGACAAUGAUCAGGCAAGAAAGUUCCUGUUCUUGUCUGAAGUGUUGCAAUGGCGAGCACAGACCACCCCGGACCACGUGCUUUUUACACUGCUCAGCUCACGGGGGGCAGUACUCAGCUCACUGACCUGUGUGCAGCUUCAUAAGCGUUCGGAGAAGAUUGCAGCAAUGCUGAUGGAACGAGGACACCUGCAGGACGGCGCUCAUGUGGCUCUGGUUUAUCCUCCAGGUAUCGACCUGAUCGCUGCAUUUUACGGUUGUCUGUAUGCUGGCUGUGUGCCCAUCACUGUGCGCCCACCGCAUCCUCAGAACAUCGCCACCACGCUGCCCACUGUCAAAAUGAUUGUGGAGGUGAGCCGCUCUGCCUGUGUGAUGACUACACAGGCGAUAAGUAAACUGCUGAAGUCCAAGGAAGCAUCUGCUGCAGUGGAUAUCAGGGCAUGGCCUCCAGUCCUCGACACAGAUGAUUUGCCAAAGAAAAAGCCUCCUCAGCUGUACAAGCCCUCAAACCCGGACACACUGGCCUACCUGGACUUCAGUGUGUCCACCACAGGGAUGCUUGCAGGGGUAAAGAUGUCUCACUCUGCCACUAGUGCCUUCUGCCGCUCAAUCAAGCUCCAGUGUGAGCUUUACCCCUCUCGUGAAGUGGCCAUCUGCCUCGACCCCUACUGCGGCCUAGGCUUUGUCCUCUGGUGCCUCUGCAGUGUGUACUCAGGGCAUCAGUCCAUCCUGAUCCCACCAUCAGAGUUGGAAGUGAAUCCCGCGCUCUGGCUGCUGGCCGUCAGUCAGUUCCGUGUCAGAGACACGUUCUGCUCGUACUCCGUCAUGGAGCUGUGCACUAAAGGCCUGGGCCUGCAAACUGAGUCUCUGAAGUCGCGCGGGUUGGACCUGUCCCGUGUGAGGACUUGUGUGGUGGUGGCAGAGGAAAGACCUCGCAUUGCUCUCACUCAGUCUUUCUCCAAGCUGUUUAAAGAUCUUGGCCUUCAUCCGCGAGCCGUCAGCACUUCCUUUGGCUGCAGAGUGAAUCUCGCUAUAUGCCUGCAGGGCACUUCUGGACCAGACCCAACAACUGUGUAUGUGGACAUGAGAGCACUCAGACAUGACAGAGUGCGCUUGGUUGAGCGAGGUUCUCCUCACAGUCUGCCACUCAUGGAAUCUGGGAAGAUUUUACCUGGGGUACGCAUCAUAAUUGCUAAUCCUGAAACCAAGGGUCCUUUAGGAGAUUCCCAUCUUGGAGAGAUAUGGGUACACAGCAGUCACAAUGGGAGCGGUUACUUCACGGUGUAUGGCGACGAGACGCUGCAGUCUGACCACUUCAACUCACGCCUGAGCUUCGGAGACACGCAGACCGUGUGGGCCAGAACUGGAUACCUGGGGUUCCUGAGACGCACUGAGCUCACUGAUGCUAGUGGAGAGAGACACGAUGCUCUGUAUGUGGUUGGCGCUCUGGAUGAGGCAAUGGAACUCAGAGGAAUGAGGUAUCACCCCAUCGACAUUGAGACCUCAGUCAUCCGUGCACACAAAAGCAUCAUGGAAUGUGCUGUAUUCCCAUGGACUAACCUGUUGGUGGUGGUAGUAGAGUUGGAGGGCUCGGAGCAGGAAGCACUGGAUUUGGUGCCGUUAGUGACAAACGCUGUGUUGGAGGAACAUUACCUGAUAGUGGGCGUGGUCGUGGUAGUGGACAUUGGUGUCAUUCCCAUCAACUCCCGCGGCGAGAAACAGCGGAUGCACCUGCGUGAUGGCUUUCUGGCCGAUCAGCUUGAUCCCAUUUAUGUGGCUUACAACAUGUAGCUACGUUUGUGUGUUAUAGCUGUGUGGCUGCUCACAAGUGGGCAGAGCCUCAGCACCAACAAAAGCAUCAUGCUGACAAUGAGGAUCAGUGAGGGACACGGGACCACUGAUGGACCCAGAGGAAAGACGGAGAACAAAGAAUGGGGUCGGAGUGGAUGAAAGUUUGCGGGUUGUGUUUCACUGCAGCUUUUUGCUUGCCUGGAAAUUUGCUUUUCACUAAAGUGUCACACUUCGUUUUCUUCACGUGAGGCCAAAACAAGUAAAGAGACAUUUUUACAUUUCUGUGACUGGAUUUUAUGUUGACACACACACUCAAACACACACACACACACACUCAAACACAUACACUGUCAUUUUGUGUAAGAAGAGGUACAAAAUCAGUUUAUGUACAAUUGAUGUGCAUUUUUCCUCCAACAUUUUUAGUUUUUUUUAAUCUUUGUAAAUGUCCCACAGCAGGAUGCAAAAAAAAAAUCUGCUGAGAUUCAGUCGUGUUUAAUAUCAUUGUAAUAAUCUUCAACAGAACGUCUGCUGUGUAAUUAUGUACAGAAAAUAGUUCUUAUUUAUUUUGUUCUUUUUAGAAGCGUGAAGACAUUUGAAAAUGUUUUCCUCAUUAAAUCACAUUGCUAAUAUAAAACAAAGCAUUGUAUAAAUCUUGAGAAACAUCAAGCAUAUGUACAAAUAUAAAUAUAAAAAUAUAUAAAUAGAUCUAUAAAUAAAUCUAAAAUAUAUAUUAAAAUACAAUCUAGAAAUCACCAAUGAAACCUUUCUGAUGCAGUCUUUCCCAUUUGCAUGGAAUCUGUUGUAUACACACACGCUCAUACAUGCACACACACACACACACGCUCACACACUCACGCACACAGAGCAAAAACCACUGUAGAAACUUGUGUUGCUUCAGAAUUUUAAUGACUUGUUUGUGUUUAAGUCAAAGAUUUAUCUUUAAUUUAAUUAAACAUAAGGAGAUUAUCUUCAUUCAUUUAUUUAUUUAUUGACAGAUUUGUACAGAUUGGCAGUGUCUAGUUUUCACCUUCAUCAGCAAUUCACAUUAAGACACUAAAACAUUAAACACACACUAAACCCAGAGGAUUUACUUUCUGACUGCUUUCUGAGUGUCAGAUUCAUUAAUCUACUUGGACAAGGAGCAAGAAACAAUCAUUAACAACUGAAACAUGAGCAAUGAACAUGAGCUAAACAGUGGUGUUGGUGUUGAACAUUUACAGCUUAAAUGAGUAAAAUUUCAUUUCACAGCAGCUGAUAAAAACACAUACGUAUCUGUUUGCCUCUAAUCAGUACAUUAUUGCUCCUUUAUUUUUAAUAAGCAUAAUUAAAGUUUUUACUUUGUGGGGAACAAGUUUACAUUCUUCAUCAACUGAGUGACAAUAGAAUCUUUUUUUUUGCUAAAGAAGGAAUAAAGUCUUAAGGUUUGUACCUUUGUGUUGUCAAUCCAAUAAAAAUUUCAGAAAGUGAAAAUUGUAAAUGUGCACAUUAACGUUCAAGCUGUUACAGUCACGUCCCCCUUUGCUGAAAUCUAGAUUUACAUGGAGUAAGUCUGCAUGUGUGUGUACAUAUUGUUGGUUACCAAAAAAAACAUUUAAAAAAAGACAAAAAACAUUUUUGUAUGGUGCAGAUGUGUUAAAAUUGUUUUGUACACAUAAUUAAAAGUAUUAAAUGACACUUUUAUAGACGCCUGCUUUGGCUGACCUUCACAAGAUUAUGGUGCAAUAAAGUGCUUUAAUUGGUACAA